GUGGAGGACACAGUGCAGAUCUUGCGCAUGUGCAGAUUGUAUCGUGCAGGCAGCAUCGAUAGUAGGCUACUGACUCAAGCUUCAACACUCUGUCGAAACAGUUUGCUUCACCGGAGGGAUACAAGUGUCGAUGCCUCAGUGUCGAACGUCCUAUAACUAACACAUGUCUUUUAGCUUGUUGUAACGGGUGACACUACAGCAGUUAUCGUGCGCGAAUUUACUUGAGACGUAGGCUAUAACAUCGCCAAACGGAAGGAAACAAGAGAUACCACGACCGCAACAACGCCGCGACUCUUGGACUUUCUCCGUGCGUCACUGUGCGAGCUAAUAUCGCUUGAAACAAUUUGACUUCAACAGGAGGACGUGGGGAUUUUAAUCUUGGGGCAUAGUCCCGUUUUAACUUUGGCCUACUGGGAAACGAAAGCAGAUAGAACAGACGAACUAAACUCCACAAGUAGGCUACAACGACAACGGAGGGCGGAAAAAGCGUGACCAAGACCACCGUGGUUCUCCUUUGAAAAGUGGAGAUCUUAAGACAUAAGUACGGAGGCACCGAAGAGAAGCCUAAUCUACGAUCAUCGCUCCCUGUUAUUACAAAGUCAAGUCUGAAACAGAGUUUUCAUACAGCAGAGAUGCCGUACCCCUGUCCUCAGUGUGGCCAGUAUUAUAUUGAAGAAGAAAAGCUUAAACGACACCAGCUUAAACGACACCAGCACACCCCCACCACAGACCAGCCGUGUGGUGGAGAAGAAAGAAACGUUUCCAGUGUCCAGUUAAAGACGGAACCAGUGGUGCAGGAGGACUGCAGUAGGUCAACUCGAGGACAACGAGGGACACAGGAAGAGGACGAGAAAGAGGAGGAACAGCCUGAGACCGUUCCUGAAAGUGAUCCAGACACUUCACUUCCUGAAAGUGAUCCCGACACUCCACUUCUUGAAGGUGACCCCGACACCCCACAUCCUGAACGAGUCCCAGACCGAGCCAGACUCCCCAGGCGUCCUGCAGCCAAGCUCUGGAUGUCCGGCACCCCAAAGAUAGGACUGACAGCGUUUCAGGUGUUCUCCUGUUCCCUCUGUCCAAAAUCCUACACGGCUGAAAUCUACCUCCACAAGCACAUGAAGUUAAACCACCAUGAAGAGUACACACGGAUGGUGAGAUCUGGAGAUAUCAGACCAGAGACUCUGAGCACCCCAUUUUACAGAAAUCCACCACAACCAAUCAACAACGAAACACAGCGCGAAAACUCCACUGUAGAAUCCAACUCAUCGGCCAAUAGGGUGCGCGUUCAGAGGGAGACACUGUUCUGCUGCUCUGAGUGUGGUAAAUAUUGCUGUAGUCGUGACGCUCUUAAACGACACCAGCUCAUCCACACUGGAGAGAGACCAUACCACUGCACUCACUGUGGCAAAAGUUUCACUUCUCGGACAGAACUUAAGGUGCAUGUGCGAGUUCACACAGGAGAAAAACCAUACCACUGCACUGAGUGUGGCGAGAGUUUCACCCAAAUAUCGAAUCUUAAAACCCACCAACGCAGUCACUCAGGGGAGAAGCCAUACCACUGCACAAAGUGUGGCAAGAGUUUCACUAAUAUGUUUGGCUACAAAACACAUAAGGAACUCCACACUGGAGAGAGGCCAUACCACUGCUCCCAAUGUCGCAAAGGUUUCACCACAUUGGGAGGUCUCAAACAGCACAUGCGUAUACAUGCAGGAGAGAGGCCAUUCAAUUGCACAUUGUGUGAGAGGAGUUUCACCUAUAAACAAGAAUUGACAAGACAUGAGCGUGUUCAUGCAGGAGAAAAACCGUACCACUGCACUCAGUGUGGUACCAGUUUCCAUUCUGGGCAGGAACUUAAGAUGCACCUGCGCGUUCACACAGGGGAGAAACCAUACCACUGUGUUGACUGUGACAAGAGUUUCACCCAAAUAUCGAAUCUCAGAACUCACCAACGCAGUCACUCGGGAGAAAAGCUGCACCACUGCACUGAGUGUGGGAAGAGUUUCACUCUUGCGCAAGGUCUCAAGGUACACCAGCGCAUACACACGGGAGAAAAGGUGCACCAGUGCAGCCUGUGUGACAAGAGUUUCAGUCGGGUGGAUGUGCUCAAAAUACACCAGCGGGUGCACACAGGAGAGAGGUUGUACCACUGCUCUCAUUGCAACAAGGGUUUCACUCAAAAAGGUCACCUUCAACAACACCAACGCAUUCAUACCGGAGAAAGGCCUCACCCUUGUGGUCAGUGUGGAAAGGCUUUCUCUACCCCAAAAGUUCUUAAGAUACACCAGCGUACUCACACAGGAGAGAAGCCAUACCACUGCGCUGAAUGUGGCAAGGGCUUCAGCCAAUCAUCAAAUCUCAGAACUCACCUGCGCCGUAGUCAUAGUCAUAAGCAGUGAAGGACAGCGUUAGCUUGACAUAUGGUAGCGCAUGUACUUGACUCAGUAGACAGUAGGUGAACAUUUACAUUAGCCUAAAUUGGAUCGCUGCUUACACAGUGAAAGAAAGCUAGCUAAUGUUAGCUUGACAUGUAUUUUCCAGACUAUAAGCAGAUACUUUCUAAUGAGGAGUCGCAGCACUCCGUUGA